AAUCAUAUUUGUAGUAUUUAUCAGUAUAGGAGCACCAAGACCACCACUACCAACGUAAGAGGUAAAACACAUCUAGGAUGUAUACCAGAAACCAGCUUGAGGUGGCUAGGCCAACGAGGGUUUUUUUACUCGUGCCCAAUCUUAUCGGCUACGUCCGAAUUGCGUUCACUAUUCUGUCUUUUUGCGUUGCGAGCCGCCGACCCCUUCUUUGUGUACUUCUCUACACCGCCUCUUUUAUUCUUGAUGCCGUUGACGGCAUUGCAGCACGUGCACUGAAUCAGUGCUCAAGAUUCGGGGGAAUCCUCGACAUGUUUACUGAUCGUGCUUCCACCGUGGGGUUUCUCGUCAUGUUGGCGGGCGUGGUGCAGCCGAAGCCGUACAUUUUCACCUUAGUCUUAGCAAUGCUCGCGUUCGUCGACGUUGCAUCUCAUUUCUGCCGCAUGUACGCGUCUUUACUCAUGCAAAAGGAAAGCCAUAAGGAUGCUUCGAAUAGCAUUUUCUUCUUGCUCCGGAAGUACUAUUCCGAUCGAAGAUUGAUGGGGGCCUUGUGUAUUGGGCAAGAAUUUACGUACCUUCUUCUUUAUGCCGAUCAUUUUUCUCAGCAUCACCCCUUCCUUCAUACGAUUAUGUGGUGUUUACUAUUACCAUGCUCCAUCCUCUGCAUGGUUAAGCAAGUGGUAAAUAUACAACAGCUCAUUGAUGCUCUCUAUAAGAUUGCCUGUAGAGACGCCAUGGAGCGUGCAAGAAAAUAGGGUCCGCCACGGACACAAUAGAAUGACAUGGCGUAUAUUUUAGAAUAUCCUAGAGGACUGUUCUUUUUCAUAUAUAUAUACGCACACAUUUUUCAAGACAUGAUCAAACUAAACUUCCGUAUUUUAUAUGGUUUAGUAGUAUUGAUGUUUUCCUUUCUUUUUUUUAGUUGUUUCUAAAGGAGUUUUCUACUUAAUGGCAUGUAAUGUUGCCUAAAAAUCGUAUAGUAAGACCCUCAAGCUUUCAUGUAGGGAUCUUUUAAAGAAGGCACGUAUUUAGAACAAUGUACAUUUUACGAGCAAGUAAUAUGCCUUUGUUGAAUUUUCGUGCACCUGAGCAAAAAAUAGUAAA